GUUGAAGGUGGUUCAGAUAACAGCGCUGAGCGCUCAGCAGGAAGGAUCCUUAUAUCCAUACUGUCCUCUGGGGCGCGAGAUUGAAAUUGAUUAGAGGGUUUCGCUAAAAACAGCGCGGCUGGAAGAGAUGAGAGCCUGGCAGCUUUGGUCUCUGUGCUUCCUGUUGGUGAAUGUAGAUGCGCAAAAAAUAACUUCCCUGGAAGAAGAUCUCACCGAUUCUGCAUUUGGCAACUUAUUUGACCCUCUGAAAGAUUUAAUUGAUGGAAAGGAUGACCAUCAUGCACCUUUAGCAAAAUUCUCCCUUCGUAAUCCAUCCCAUCCCGGUGAUGACCUCUGCUAUAUUAUUCCUGGCCAGCCAGAAACCGUGUCUGCAUGUAACUACAGCAGCACAUCCAAGACCUUCCUGGUGAUCCACGGAUGGACGUUUUUAGUGUCUUGCCAACAGCUGAGCGGUAUGUUUGAAAGCUGGAUGCCAAAGUUGGUGUCGGCACUGUACCAGAGAGAGCCGAUGGCUAACGUUGUUGUGGUUGACUGGCUCAGCUCGGCUCAGAACCAUUAUGCUGUUGCAGCUGAGAAAACCAAAGCAGUGGGAAAAGAGAUUGCACGCUUCAUUGACUGGAUGGAAGAAAGCACCAACAUGCCUCUUGACAAGCUUCACCUGAUUGGCUACAGCCUUGGAGCUCAUGUAGCAGGAUUUGCAGGCAGCCAUGCUUGCAAUAAAGUCGGACGAAUCACUGGUCUUGAACCAGCUGGACCUGACUUCGAGGGUGAACAUGCCAACAGGCGGCUUUCUCCAGAUGACGCCAACUUUGUUGACGUCCUCCACACCUUCAGUCGGGAUUCCCUGGGUCUCGGCAUUGGGAUGCAGCAGCCUGUCGGCCAUGUUGAUAUUUACCCCAACGGAGGGAGCUUCCAGCCAGGUUGUAACCUGAGAGACGCCUUGGAGAAUAUCGCUAACUUUGGGAUAUUGGCUAUAAAUGAUGCAGUGAAGUGUGAACAUGAGCGCUCCAUCCAUCUGUUCAUCGACUCCCUGCUUAAUGUGCAGGAACCAGCCAAGGCCUACCAGUGCGGCAGCAAUGACAUGUUUGACCGCGGCAUGUGUCUGAGCUGCCGCAAAGGCCGCUGCAACAAGCUGGGCUACGACGCAAGCAAAGUCCGCAAGCUUCGCAGCAUUCAGAUGUACACCAAGACACGGGCCUCCAAGCCAUUCAGAGUUUACCUCUACCAGGUAAAGAUCCACUUCUCAGGUAAAGUGAAAUGGUCAGAGAUGGAGCCUUCUCUCACCAUCUCUCUGUAUGGAACAAGAGGAGAGGCUGAAAACCUUGAGCUUAAGCUGAGGGAAAGACCUGAAUCAAACAUGACACAAUCAUUCCUUCUGAUGGCUGAAAUGGAUAUCGGUGACCCGCUGCUGUUGAAGUUUAAGUGGAUGGAGACAAACAGCUGGUCUGUCUCCAGCCUGUUGAAGAUGGUUUCCUCUUGAUGGUCAAGUGACUCAGAUAGUGUUCCGGUUGACAAAAUUCGUAUCAGAUCUGGUGAGACGCAAAAUAAGAUCAUUUUCUGUUUGACAGACCCUGAUUCCCACAAUUCUUCUGGGGAAGUCACAUUUGUUAAAUGUUUGGAUAAACAGAGGAUGAAACCAUAACAUAUUUCAAAAAAGUGAGAGGCUCCUUUUUUUUUAUUUUUUGUCUACAACUACGUUGAAGAAUGCCUGACAGUGAAGGUACUCAUAAAUGAAUUUUUACAUUAAAAUGCACCAUUGAUUAGCUUCCGACUUGGUCAGAUUUGAUCUUGCUGUUUUUGUAUACCCAGUAAAACUAAACACUCACCACUGUGGAUCUCAGUGCAGUUCAUGACUUUGGCACAAGUAUCAGUGAGCCUUUCUCUGUUCUUCACCUUAGUGACUUUCAAUUCUGUCAUUUUGAUUUUCUGACUUUUAUGAAGCAAACAAAGCUCUAAUUUUGCAUUACUUUUACAUUAUUUGUGCUGCUGUUAUAUUGAUCUAAAUUCAUUAUAUAAAUUAUGACUCAAAGACAUAUGAAGGUAAUUUAUCGCUGCAUUAAACUUAUGAAUUCAGCUGUUAGGUGCAGCGUUUAGCUAACAUAAAUAUUUCCUUUAAGUUUUAUGGUCAUUAUCCUCCUUUUUAAUUAUUUUUAAUUGAAAUGUGACCGUUAGCUCUAUAGGGAUUGGCACUACUAUCCUUGUUACUGUAAAAAGUGGAAAAGUGAUACUAAUGCACAAAAAGAACAGUAUUUUUUUUUUUUACUGUGAAUCAAUGUAAAUACAACUAUGAAAUAAAAUGCAUAUUUUGACUGAAAACAAUAUUAAAGGUAAACUCUUUGGUUCAAUGUAUAAUUUUUUUUUGUAAUUUGUGACGUCAAGCACUGUACUAAAUAUACAUUAUUCAAUAAACUGU